CGCGCGCCUCGUAGUACACGUCCCCAUUCAACCUACCUACAAAGAUUUGGCAAGGAAUUGGUCGCUCUACCGACCUGUUGGGAGCUCUGCAAGAUGGCGGCUAGCAAUACUAGUAGUGGUAAUCGGUCAAUGGAAUCCCGGACUGGGCGUACCAAGCAACGAUACAAUACGAAAGGCGAACGACUGGUUGCCGGCGUUGUCCCUUUGAGUGCGGACAAGUACUACGUCAUGUUGAUCCAGUCCACACGUCGAAAAGGUUGGGUGUUGCCCAAGGGCGGAUGGGAACUUGACGAGGAAUGUCACGAGGCUGCUGCCCGUGAAGCCUGGGAGGAGGCCGGUAUCGUGGUUCAGAUCAACUAUGACUUGGGUGAUAUUCAGGAUACCCGCCCUCCCAAGAAAAAUCCUCUCAAGGAGAAGGAGCGCUCGCUCUACCGAUUCUUCGAGGCCACCGUCACCAGCGAGGAACCUGAGUGGCCCGAGAAGGACAAACGUGAGCGCAAGUGGUACACAUACGCUGAAGCCACCGAGCUGUUGAAAGAACGGCCGGAACUUCAAGCAGCUCUAGAUUUGUCGACGAUCAAGAGGUAGCCUUGGUACCGCCAUACUUGGGGGCGAUAGUGUCGCUCUCCGCUGUCUCGGGAGCAGUGUGUGCAAGGAGACAGUUCCGCGAAGGGGUACUGAGGCUUAUUGCUG